AUGCCAAACUCCACGACGGAGGUCUCCGUCUCCGUUCCGCUGCUUUCCUCACUCCGUCCGGCUACCAACUCAUCCUCUCAAGUCGCCAUCGUCGGUUCCAACGUCUGUCCAAUCGAAAGCCUCGAUUACGAGAUCGCGGAGAAUGAUUUCUUCAAGCAAGACUGGAGAGCUCGUAGUAAGGUACAGAUUUUCCAAUACGUAUUCAUGAAGUGGAUGCUAUGCUUUUUCAUCGGCAUUAUUGUUAGUCUCAUCGGAUUCACCAACAAUCUCGCCGUCGAGAACCUCGCCGGCGUUAAGUUCGUCAUUACUUCUAACAUGAUGCUGGCAGGAAGGUUUACUAUGGGCUUUCUCGUUUUCACUGUUACCAACUUGGUUCUCACUCUUUUUGCGUCGGCGAUCACUGCUUUUGUUGCGCCUGCUGCGGCUGGCUCCGGUAUACCGGAAGUUAAGGCCUAUUUGAACGGUGUAGAUGCACCGGAGAUAUUCUCAUUUCGCACUUUGCUCGUUAAGAUUGUUGGGAACAUAUCGGCGGUGUCAGGGUCUCUUCUCAUAGGAAAAGCAGGGCCAAUGGUGCACACAGGUGCUUGUGUUGCAUCCAUACUUGGUCAAGGCGGCUCAAAAAGAUAUGGACUGACUUGGAGAUGGCUUCGAUAUUUCAAUAAUGAUAGAGACCGGAGAGACCUUGUAACUUGUGGCUCAGCUGCUGGUAUCGCUGCCUCGUUCCGUGCUCCGGUCGGUGGUGUUCUGUUCGCGCUUGAGGAGAUGUCAUCUUGGUGGAGGAGUGCACUUUUAUGGAGAAUCUUCUUUUCAACGGCUGUUGUGGCGAUUGUUCUCAGGGCUCUAAUCGAUGUGUGUUUGAGUGGGAAGUGCGGGUUAUUUGGUAAAGGAGGGUUGAUAAUGUUUGAUGUAUACUCAGAGGAUUCGUCAUAUCAUUUGGGGGAUGUGCUUUCUGUUCUUCUCCUUGGAGUUGUCGGUGGUAUUUUGGGAAGCUUUUACAACUUUCUCCUUGAGAAGGUUCUGCGAGCUUACAACUUCAUAUAUGAGAAAGGGGUUGCUUGGAAAAUCGUCCUCGCUUGUGCAAUAUCAAUUUUCACGUCGUGUCUUCUUUUUGGAUUACCGUUUCUUGCGCCAUGCCAACCUUGCCCUGUCGGUGCCUUGGAGCAGUGCCCUACGAUUGGCCGGUCUGGCAACUUCAAGAAAUACCAAUGCCCUCCUGGUCACUACAAUGAUCUAGCUAGCCUCAUUUUCAACACAAACGAUGACGCUAUCAAAAACCUCUUCAGCAAAAACACUGACUUCGAGUUCCAUUAUUUGUCGGUUCUCGUGUUUUUCGUCACCUGCUUCUUCCUCAGUAUCCUUAGCUAUGGGAUUGUUGCUCCGGCAGGGCUCUUUGUACCUGUUAUCGUGACAGGAGCGUCGUACGGACGGUUUGUUGGGAUGCUGCUUGGUUCAAACUCAAAUCUUAACCACGGUCUGUUUGCUGUGCUCGGUGCUGCAUCUUUUCUUGGAGGAUCAAUGAGGAUGACAGUUUCUUUAUGUGUUAUUCUCCUUGAGCUGACUAAUAAUCUGCUUCUGCUUCCUAUGAUGAUGCUGGUCCUUCUGAUUUCGAAAACAGUUGCUGAUGCUUUCAAUGCCAACAUCUAUAACCUCAUCAUGAAGAUAAAAGGGUUUCCCUACCUUUUCAACCAUGUAGAGCCUUACAUGAGGCAGCUUACGGUUGGUGAUGUAGUCACAGGCCCGCUUCAAGUCUUCAACGGCAUUGAGAAAGUCGAGACUAUUGUACACGUUCUCAAAUCCACCAAUCAUAAUGGCUUCCCUGUGGUUGAUGGGCCGCCGCACGCCGCAGCUCCUGUUCUGCACGGUCUAAUCCUCCGGGCUCAUAUUCUGACUUUGUUGAAGAAACGAGUGUUCUUGUCCAGUCCAGUGGCUUUUGACUCCAAAGCUCUUGCCCUAUUCAAGGCGGAUGAGUUUGCUAAGAAGGGUUCUGGGAGGGGUGAUCGAAUAGAAGAUGUGGAAUUAAGCGAGGAAGAGUUGAAUAUGUAUUUGGAUUUACAUCCGUUCUCUAAUGCUUCGCCUUACACUGUUUUGGAGACGAUGUCGCUUGCAAAAGCACUUGUCCUCUUCCGUGAGGUUGGCUUAAGGCACUUACUGGUCACACCAAAAACCUCCGAUAGACCACCAUUGGUAGGCAUAUUGACACGGCAUGACUUCAUGCCGGAACAUAUAUUAGGGCUGCGUCCUUCACUGUCUCGGAGCAGGUGGAAAAGGCUUCGGAUUCGGCUGCCUUUCCUCGCGUAUAUUGAUUAA